AUGCUCGCCCUAGGGAGAAAAGGACUUAUAUACUCAGCGGGGUGCGAGGCCGGAGGAAUAAAAGAAGUAUUCCCGUUAUUAUUCCUCGCGGUUGUCCUUUACUCUCCAGCGCCUCCCGGCCUCUUCUUUGGAUACGAAAUCAAGGCGGAGGCAUACCAUCGGCUCCAUGGCGCUGAUUUUGCAUGCUGGCAACACAAACAAGAAUGGUUUCAAGCACUAAUUGCAGCAGCAUACAGUGGGGUACAGGUUGAACUGGUCAAGAAUUUUGAAAUGGGUGUUUCAAAUAAAACUCCUAAGUUUCUUAAGAUGAACCCUAUAGGGAAGGUUCCUGUACUGGAGACACCUGAUGGUCCCAUUUUUGAGAGUAAUGCAAUAGCACGCUAUGUUACCCGCUUGAAGGCUGAAAAUCCUCUUUAUGGUUCUUCACUUAUUGAAUAUGCCCGAAUUGAGGCAAUGGAUUGACUUUGCAUCAAUGGGAGAUCGAUGCACAUAUUGGCACGAUGGUUACUUCCAAGACUGGGAUUCGUUCCAUUUGCUGCUGUGGCUGAGGAAUUUGCAAUUACUGCUUUGAAGAGAUCUUUAGGUGCUCUGAACACUCAUCUAGCCACAAAUACUUACCUUGUUGGCCAUUCUGUGACUUUGGCUGAUAUUAUCACGACAUGCAACCUGUAUAUGGGAUUCAUCCGAAUCAUGACCAAGAAUUUUACUUCAGAAUUUCCUCAUGUUGAAAGAUACUUCUGGACUAUGGUUAAUCAACCAAAUUUCUCAAAGAUAUUGGGUAUGGUAAAACAGGCAGAUUCGGUUCCACCUGUUCCGUCACAGAAGAAGCCUGCUCAACCUAAAGACUCUAAGCAGAAGGAAGCUAAGAAAGAAUCCAAGAAAGAGCCUGCAAAGCCUAAGGUUCAGGAGGCCGUAGAGGAAGAAGAGGCACCCAAGCCUACCGAAAAUCCUCUUGACCUGCUGCCUCCUAGUAAGAUGAUAUUAGAUGAGUGGAAGAGGCUAUAUUCGAAUACAAAGACCAACUUCCGUGAGGUUGCCAUUAAAGGUUUCUGGGAUAUGUAUGAUCCAGAGGGCUACUCUUUAUGGUUCUGCGACUACAAAUAUAAUGAUGAGAACACAGUCUCGUUCGUGACUCUAAACAAGGUUAGUGGAUUCCUGCAGCGUAUGGACUUGGCACGCAAAUAUGCGUUUGGCAAGAUGCUUGUAAUAGGCUCAGAGCCACCAUACAAGGUCAAGGGACUUUGGCUCUUCCGAGGACAGGAGAUCCCACAGUUUGUGCUUGAUGAGUGCUAUGACAUGGAGCUUUACGAGUGGACCAAGGCGGACAUCACUGAUGAAGCACAAAAGGAGCGGAUAAAUGCCAUGAUUGAGGAUCAGGAGCCCUUCGAGGGUGAAGCCUUGUUGGAUGCCAAGUGCUUCAAGUAAUCUCUGAUCGGCUUUCCACCGUUAAGAGGCCCUUUUCAUGCUGGAGCGCUGGUACCUUCGUUCUGGUGAUCUUAUUAGUCGCCGGUUACAAGUUUUUUCCAUAUUCAGGACUUCAUGUUAUUGUGUUUUGCCACACAAAAAAAGAGACCUGUUUUUUGGGUGGAUGGUUUUUCUUUUUUCUUUUUUUCUUAGUUAUAUUGGGAUCAUGAUGCCUUUUUUUUUAUGUUGACCCUCUAGGGGAAAAGAGUUACUUUCCAUGGCGAGAUAUGCUAAUUAUUAUUUUAACAGAUUUCAGGUCUUUUGGCCCCUAUA